AUUUUGACCAGAUGGUGGUGCUAGAUGAAACCAAAUGUACCAAAUGACAGUGUCAGUGACCAGUGAUGAGGUCAUGACAGACCAUUCAAUAGUUGUUGAGACAUUUCACUUGAAGCAAAAAAUAUGAAUUUAAUGCUGUGUUUGUCAGUGUUUCACCAAAGUCUGUAUGAUUCAUCAUCUGGGAACCAUGAAUACUUAUAAGUACCUCUUACCUAUAUUGGUGUUUCUGUUACUGUGUUCAUAAGCUGUGGACAAAAUUGACAAUUAGACAUGGUAAAACUAGAGAAUAUCCAAACCAAAAACCUCUUACUUUGGCAAUGUAUGCAUUUAGAAUACCAGUCAAAUUUUGAUGUAUUCAAUAACAGCGGAAAAUCUAAUCUCCACAACAUGUGCAUUGUAUGUGUGCAGUGUGUGUUUUUAUAGAUGGGGCCUGCUCUAGAAAAACUCUCUCUGCUCUCCUGCGCCGGCGGGUUUAGCUAUUGAAGUUGUCCUUUCUCACAGAGUAAUGCACUAUUUCACAGAAUCACAGUGAUUCCUCCAAUCAUUCACACAGUCAGAGGGAACAAAGAAUGAGCUUGAGAUAACAAACAAAGCACUGAGAGGACAGCUUCCUACCAGCCUGAGUUCUGGUCCUGUGGGCAUUCAUUGGUGUUAAAGGUGCCUUUCCCACAAAUUUCUACCAGUGGGACCCUGCUUUAAAAGGACUUGGAUUGUUGUUUGAGUGUAAGCUAACCCCGGGCUUUCCUGGACCCCUACACACAAAUUCUAAGCUAUCUAACUGUAGGCCUCAGUAUCUCAGACAAUAAGAGUCUGUCUCUUUUUACAGUUUGAUUCACAUUUUGCCAAAAACCGCAGGGUUGUGGCCAGGAAAAGGACAUAUCAAGAACAUUUAAAAUGAUCUAUGCGACUGUUUUCAUCUCAAACUUUCAUUCUUACUUGUCACUUUCUUUCCUAUGCUUGUUUUUCACCACCACUCCCUCCUGAAAUGUUUCAAAAUGGAAUGUCACUCUCUCUGAAAAUAGUAAGACACAGCACAGUUGAAAGAAGGCCUGCUCCUCCUCAGCAAUUAUUUUAUGUCGUUCAAAUAUACCAGAUGUUAGAUUAAUGUUAUUGCUGUGCUUGCGGCUCCACGUGCAUUACCCUUUGAUGUUACAACUGCAACAGUGAUGGUUUUCUUUGUUGAGUUGGUACUUCAGAGGAGAGCAAAUAAACAGAGGAGGGAGGUUGCAUCAAAGUCUGGUGGUAGUCUUCACAGCUGUAUAGGCAAACCCUCGACCUCUGCUCCUCAGCUAAUGCAGCUCAGUUUAACCGCUGCGCUGAUAUAAGGUAGUGAUCUGGGGCAAUACUGGUGUCAGCAUCCUAGUAGAGCUGUAUCAUUUUGAAUACACCAUGCCUUUGUUAGUUUAAAACUGUAGAUUUGUUACUCAAAUUGAAUUUCUUAUGAUGACAGUCAGUAAUUUUCAAGUCAUUUCCUUCAGUUCAUCAGUUUUCUAAAUUCGUGUUCCUGAUUUGCAUAUUACCGCUUUACAUGCAGUUGUGGUUUUCACCACAUGAUGCAACACUUGUCAUUAAUUUCAAGAGACUAUAAAAAUGGACUGUAAGACACCAAAAAUACCACUGUGGUGGUAAACCAACAUUUGUCAGAUAAGAACACCACUUUUUACACGGAAAAUGAGAUGUGUUGUUGUUACAUGUAAUGUUGUACAUUUUCUUUGCAAAGAAAAGGAUUUCCUUCCUAAGGCACAAGUUUUGUACACCCAACCGGUACAAGUCAACACGGACCAACCCAGUGAAAAGGAAUAGCCUGAAAAUCUUAAUAUAAUGAACAACAUAGGACAUAACAUAGGCCAAAUCUUUUAUUUUUGGUUAUAUUCCUCUUCAUAUAAGGUUCAACACAGACAAUAAUAAUAAUUCAGGUUUGUACCAAACAUCAUCAGACAAUCUCUUUAUAAAUUAAUCCAACUUAAAUACAACUUAAGAAACUCCGUUAACAGUAUCUUGUGUUUUACUGGUGGUUUUAAUGAAUGUAAUGGAACAUGCUUUACAACGCUUCCUACGUCACACAUAGGGCGGGGCGUGUUUUCCGUAGAUAACUAGACUGAAGCAUCUCACGCUACAGAGAAGGAAGCCGGCAGUUUUUCCUUUACAAUCGGGAGGUUUGAGCCACUACGGUGACAGGAACUUUUAGAGCAAGUUAUUUACACUCUUCGGAGAAGUUUCAGGGUAGGUUUGAACGUCGAACAAUGGCUGAGAAGAUAGACAUGAGGGAAGGGAAGCCGUCCAACGGCGAGACGCACCUCGACGAGCAGCUGGCCAACGGGCUGAACAGCCCGGCGAAGAGCGGUCAGGAGCCGCUGGCUCAGCGGGUCAAGAGGAUAGUGUUGGCCAACUUGCUGGUGAUUCUCACCGUGGCCGGGGUUAUCGUUGGUGUUUUCAUCGGACUUGGUGUGCGCAACGUGGCGCUGACCCGGACCCAGGUCAUCUACAUAGGUUUCCCCGGUGAAAUUCUCAUCAGACUCCUGAAGAUGAUCAUCAUCCCGCUGGUGGUCUGCAGUCUGGUGUCCGGUGCGGCCAGCAUCGACCCUAAAGCCCUGGGCAAACUCGGAGGCUGGGCUAUGCUCUUCUUCCUCGUCACCACCUUGAUCGCCUCGUCCAUCGGGGUCAUCAUGGCCUUCAUCGUAACCCCUGGUGCGGUGACAAUCGGGAAACCCAAGGUGUCGGGCUUGGACGACGACGUGCCUGCCCCUAAAGAAGUGAUAGACUCCUUCCUAGAUUUGAUCAGAAACAUCUUUCCUUCCAACCUGGUGUCGGCUGCUUUUCAAUCAUAUGCAACCAGCUACAAACUGGUUACAAAGAAUGGCUCAGAUGGAAACUCCAGCAUCACAGUGGAGAAGGUUCCGUUUGGAACAGACCAGGAUGGCAUGAAUAUUCUUGGCCUGGUGGUGUUUGCUAUUGUUUUUGGCGUGGCUUUAAGAAAGCUGGGGGAUGAAGGAGAGAUCCUCAUCAAGUUCUUCAACUCCUUCAACGAGGCCACCAUGGUGCUGGUCUCCUGGAUCAUGUGGUAUGCCCCUCUUGGUAUCAUGUUCCUUGUAGCUGGCAAGAUCGUUGAGAUGGAGGACGUUGGCACACUGUUUGCCAGUCUGGGAAAAUACAUAGCCUGCUGUUUAAUUGGCCAUGCCAUCCAUGGCAUUCUUGUGCUGCCUGCCAUCUACUUCGUCAUCACAAGGAAGAACCCAUACAAGUUCCUAUGGGGUAUAUUUACAGCUCUGGCGACGGCCUUUGGAACAAGCUCCAGCUCUGCCACUCUGCCCCUGAUGAUGAAGUGUGUGGAGGAAAAUAAUGGCGUAUCCAAGCACAUCAGCCGUUUUAUCCUGCCCAUCGGAGCAACGGUUAACAUGGAUGGAGCUGCUCUCUUCCAGUGUGUGGCUGCAGUUUUCAUCGCUCAGCUGAAUAACACUCCUCUUAACUUCAUCCAAGUGAUUACCAUCCUUGUGACAGCCACAGCAUCCAGUGUUGGAGCAGCAGGUAUACCUGCCGGUGGUGUGUUGACCUUAGCUAUCAUCCUGGAGGCAAUAGGACUGCCCACCAAUGACAUCUCUCUCAUCCUGGCUGUUGACUGGCUUGUUGACCGUACCUGCACAGUGCUGAACGUAGAGGGUGAUGCCUUCGGAGCCGGGCUCUUGCAGCACUUCGUGGACCGCUCAUCCAAACAAGACGAAGGAGCUGAGCUGAGCGAGGUCAGGCUGGGGGGCAGCUCAUCAGCCGCCGAGCCCGAGCACUCGCCGCUCAUCGAGAAGCGAGGCGGGAGGGACAGUGGGAAGGCGGCUUUGUCGGGAGAAAAGGAGUCUGUUAUGUAAAGCAGUUUCUGACAUUAUCAAAAGUCCCCUGACCUAUUUGACACUCCUGCAAGCUGAAGCCUGAGGUUCAAACCUCCUUUUCCGUUUCCUUUUUUCUGCCCUGAAGAAAAGAGGAGAGAGGAUGGUCCUGCACACGACAGUGCAAAGAAAAGCUCUCUGUCCUCAAUACAUUUCUAAGCAAAAAAAAGUCUUAGGGGGUAAUAUGGGUAUAUUAUCUUAGGUGCAUAUUAUGCACAGUGACAUGUUUUUUUUUUCUUUGAGGGACAGUAUUUUAAGCUAGUAUUUUAAAUUAGGCCAGCAGCUGUGUUGCAUUUGGUCCACCUCGUAUUUUAAAGUCAGAAUUUUAUCAUGUGUAUCUACUAAUCAACCAGGUGUUUGCCAGUCAUGAGUAAAUGUAUCAUGUGACCAGUAUGCAUUGCCACUGUGAUGAGACUGGACCAGUGACCCCCUGCAAGCUGUAUAACGUAACAUCAAACCUAAUGUUACGAAUAGAAGAAAUGUUACAUCCAUUUAUGAAGUUGAAAUGGAAUUCACAUGGAUGCAUUUACCUGUUGGUCUCAUGGUACUGCCUUGUCACAUCUCAUUUACUCAUGCAUCACUAAACAUGCAUUUAGCAGACUACUAGUAUUCAUUACUGUGUUCACUACUAGUAACUUCCUGGUGGAAAACAUGGAGAUUUCUAACUUUAAAAGUUGAUGAGGAACACUGCUCAGCUUGCUGCAGCCAGUCUAAAUUAGCAGGACAGUCACAUAUUUACUAUCUGGAAUCUAUAACAUGUCGCCUCCUUUUUUGUGUAUCAUUAUAUGCUUGAAAUAUAACAUACACUGUUUGUGUAUUUUGUUAUACAUGAUUAUGGCCACUUUCAUGGAUAUCUAAUGUAUUUAAAGUAUGUUUUAUAUAGGAUCUAUAAAUGAAGUGUAGAACACUAGUUUAACUAUAUUCCCAGUAGCCUGCAAGAAUAUGGCUGUGAUAAUGUAUUACAAAAUGCACAAACAUUGGUUUUUUAGUAGUUUUUAGUGGGGGUCAAAGGCAUCUUAGCAUCUUAUUGUGUCUUUGGUUACUUCAGGCCAGUGGCUCUCUUGCAUACAAUGCCUAUUUCAUGGUGAGAAAAAGCAAUACACAUGUAAAACCUCUUCUCAAGACUAUAUUUAUACUCCAAAGCACACCAAAUGAAAUAAUGCUCAAUAAUGACCUAAAGCUGAAUGAAGGAACUUUUUCCUGAGGACUCAUAACAUGUCAACAGGUAUGGACGUACACACAGAUUAACCUCCUGAGCAUUUCUGCCUCUUUAGACGGACAUCAGUUCUAUGGGAGGCAACGUAACCUCAGGUUUAUCUUAUGCUUGAAGACUGUCCUUCAGCUGCUACUCAAUACCCUGAGACCAAAAAUCACAUUGACUCGGUAAACAGGAAGGAGGCUGUUGAAUUCCUGAUGACAUUGAAUGACAUUUCAUGGGAGAUUUUUUUUAUUUUAUUUUAUUUUGUUUUUAAUUAUGGGCCACAUUUUACUUAUGCUGUAGCUCUGUGCAGGUCCUAGCAUCUUUACAAUGGCUUUUAAGCACAGUGUGUGACAAGAAGGACUGGUGACUGGUGUUGUAAAAAGUGUGGCUACAUGUGGAGUGUGCAGUAACAAAAUCCUUUUCACUACAAGAGUGUCUCUGCAUUGUCAGAAUAGCAGCAGUGGGUUGUCGGUUAUUUCUGACUGUUGAGGCCUGAACACCUAAAGGACUAAAGUGACAGGGUACGCAUGUCUCAGCUUAAACCUAUUUAUGUUUUGGCUGUAAGGGCCAUUAACAUGGAAUACUAGACAUAUGUGUAUUGGGCCUCGUUACGUGUAUGAUAGUUAUUUGUUAUAAUUCAUAUUUAUUUCUCUAAUCAAAAUCCAAAGAACUUUUUUAGCCAGUGUUUUAACAUGUUAGUAACUCCAAAAUGGCUUUUUGUCAGUCUCAUGUCUUCAAUAACUGAUUGGUGGUUAUUUUUUGUUUUUUUCUUCUUCUUCUUCUUGGUCUUAUUUUCAACUUGUGGGUACGAGUCUAGACUGUGUGUUUCUUCCAUUUGGUGAUUUGUUUUUUUUUUUCUUUUGCAGCUUGGUGGGGGGGCAUUAAGGAAAUUUAGCAGUGAUGAGUUGUAUUGGUUGUACCCCAGAGUGAUACUGUUUAUUUUCAAAUGAAUAACUGUAAACUUGCACUAUUCAAUGUUUAUCUCUUCCAUCCAUAUCAUCUGUAACUGUUAAAAACUCUACCAAAUGACAGGGGCAUAUGCUACUAAUGUUACAUACAAAGUUUAUGAAAAAUAUCUUCUCAGUGGACAUUUUUAUCAGCUUUAUAUUGUACUAGUUUUGCAGUAUUGUUCAUAAUUCUAAUCUAUGAAAUAACUGCAGGCCUGAGGCAUCAUUUUUUCUAAAGUCUUAUAUGUCAUAUUAACAUGUCAACAUUAAGCAUUGCCUCAAAAUGGCUAGUGCUCCAGCUUCUACUUUAUGCUGUUUUAGUGCAGGGUUGUAAAGAUGUUAUCAUUCCUUUAUGACAUAUUUCACCAGAUGGAUGUCUCUGAUUUGAUGGUAGCGUUGUGUGAAUGUUCAUGGUAGUUUUUAUGAUUUUAUUAUAGCGGGGCUAUGUUUUAAAGAAAUGUCCCAGUUACAAUCUGAAUGUAAUGCCCGCAAGUUUUAAACAAUAAAGGCCUUUUUCUUUUUUUAUUA